UACAUAUCUAUUGCGUUUAGGAAUUCGAGUCCACCAGUUUCUUUCACCAUGCAACGAGCACAGCAUUCUAUCAGAUCCUUCUGUUUCACUUCGCAGGGAUUGUUCGCCGUAGGAGGUGCGCCUGGUUUCAUCGACGUUCUCCUUUUCCAAGAUCUUCCUGAUGCGUCCUUCAAACCCCACGUGCCCACAGAGACAGAGAAAGAAGUUGUGGUCAUUCUGUACACGUCAGGGUCAACGGGUCUCCCGAAGGGUGUAGAAAUAUCGCACAAAGCGUAUUGUGCCUCGUUCUACGCAUACAGGUCUACUGGAAUUUGCACUGAAGACGAUGUUUACUUGGCCUGGAAUCCCUUCACCCAUGUGUCGGGUUUCGCGGUAGCCAUGUUUUCUAUGCUCAUAGGUGCAAAGACUGUCAUCACCGAUCCCUUAAUUUCGUACGAAAAUUUUUUGAAAACUCUCAAAACCUUUAAGGUAUCUAUAUUUAUUGGCUUAGCUGGCCGGAUGAAGGAUAUUUUUCAUAAUGCUAGAAAAAACAACGAUAUCAUACCUGGUGUAAAACGAAUAAUGGCGGGUGGAUCGGUAGUAACAAAAUCGUUUGCAAUGGAAAUUCGUGAAAUAUUCAACGUGGAAUCACUCAUCAAUGUCUACGGCAUGACCGAAACGUUUGGUAUUGUAUGUUGCUCACCUGUUGGUCAAAUUACCUUUGACCAUAGUGGUGUACCUCUGGCCGGGAGCAAAUUCAAGGUUACAGACCUAGUCAGCGGAGAGUCUCUCGGCCCAUAUCAAAAUGGUGAAAUCGAAAUUCACACACCAUGCAUCAUGAAAGGCUACUAUGGGUGUCCUGAAGCUACCGCUGAAGCUGUGAACUCUGGCGGCUGGUACCGUACAGGUGAUCUCGGCUACUACGACACUGAAGGGCGGAUUCAUGUCAUCGAGAGAAUGAAAGAAAUGAUAAAAUGCAUGGACAAUGUGGUCGCCCCUGCUGAGCUGGAAGACAUUUUAUUGACCCAUAAGUCUGUCGCAGAGGCCACAGUUGUGGGUAUUCCGAAUCCAAAGUAUGGCGAGGCUCCAACAGCUUGUGUCGUUCUUAAAGAUUGCUUCAAAAGAAACCUCGAGAGCCUGGCGACAGAAUUGAAGGAGCUCAUAGCAGGACAAGCAGCAGUCUUCAAGCAUCUGUACGGAGGAGUUGUUUUUAUGAAAUACCUUCCCAAGUUUGAUAACGGAAAGGUUAGGAGACAAGAACUCAAGACGAAGGUCGCUCUAGAAAAGGAAAUGUUGAAAGAAUAGUGGAGCCUGUCAGCAUUUCAAACCAUACCUAAACUAAUGCGAAACG